UGAUCGCGGUCCGCAGGCUGCGCGAGAGAUCGGUUCGAGAUUAAGCAUCGGACCUCCUCAGGAGCCUCAUUGCCACGGUAGUUUUGACCUCUUUUCCGUUCCCCCUCUUCGUCCCAACCCGGGCAUAUCCAACCGUGGCAGCCUUGGCGCAUCCCAAUGUAUCAGGCAGAAUUUUCUUAACUUUCUGAUUGAGCUCACUGUAGACAGCCCACCCUGCUCCGGCGAAAUCCUGCGUUUGACAGAUCAGCAUGAAUCCCGCUGAUCUCGAGCUCACGUGGGGAGUCUUUCGGAGCUCCACCCGAGUUACGGGGUUUUUCUGGGUCUCCGGGAAUGUCCUUAUGUUGACUUUGUGAUACGACACAUUUUCAAGUAUCUCCCGGAUAGUUCCUAAGCCUCCAAGCCGUAGCCAGGAACCUGGCAAGCCGUCGUGGUUCUAGUUCCCCGUCCGGAAGAUUCUGUCCAAUAAGACUGAUUGACUCAUACUCGACGGCAUUCAUGCAGAUGUCGUGCGGCAAGAUUAGAUGCAAGAUCGGUCCCUCGAUACUGAAUUCUGAUCUCUCGUCGCUCCACGAGGAAUCUCAGAAGCUUUUGAGUUGCGGUGCGGAUUACCUACAUUUGGACGUCAUGGACGGCCACUUCGUGCCGAAUCUCACCUUCGGUCAUCCCGUCGUCAAAUGUCUCCGCUCGAGAAUACCGAAGGCUUUCUUUGACAUGCAUAUGAUGGUCGCCCGUCCGGAGCAAUGGGUGGAACCCAUGGCCGACGCCGGAGCGGAUCAGUACACUUUUCAUUUGGAGGCAACGGAUGAUGCAAGCACUCUCAUCAGGAAAAUCAAGGAAGCAGGAAUGAAGGCUGGUGUAGGAAUAAAACCCGGGACGCCUGUCGAGCUCCUCUCGGCCGUCUUGCCGGAAGUAGACAUGGCGCUCAUUAUGACUGUCGAGCCCGGUUUCGGUGGUCAGAGUUUCAUGGGCGACAUGAUGCCGAAGGUUGAAUACAUCCGGAGGAAUUUCCCCCAACUCGAUAUCGAGGUCGACGGCGGCGUCGGGUUAGCCACAAUCGAGGCUUGCGCUAAAGCCGGAGCCAACAUGAUCGUAUCUGGCACUGCUAUCACCAAGAGUCACCAGCCGAAGGAAGUCAUCGAUCAACUCAGAUCCACCGUUGUGAAAUACUUGUGAUAUGAUCAAUUCCCUUCCUAGACCGAACGUUUUAUGAGAGUGCACUUGGCAUCGACCGCUCGAUUGGGACAAGCGCCGAGCCGGUGCAAUAAAUUCGGAUGGACGAGGCUAUUUUUCGAACGAAAA